CUCGACUAGUAGAAACGCUGCCAUCGUCACGGAAUCUUGUAACGCUCGACAAUAAUGCUGUUAUGUAAAAUUACUUUUAUAUGCGCCUUUGCGCUUAUCGCAGUUGAUGGUGCUGUUCAAGAUUCAAACGAUGAGCAAAUAAAUUAUCGACUUCCUAAUCACACAAAACCGCUGGCCUAUAACAUUAAGUUAAAUCCAUAUCUCGGGCCAAACAACUUUACAUUUGACGGUGAAAUAGUAUACUAUAUUAAUAUUCUGAAUAGUACGAAAACCCUCUCGUUACAUAUGAAGAACCUCGUAAUAAAUGAAAACGCAAUUAUUCUAAAAACUUACAUUGGAUUUCAUUACUACAUUCCUACGACACACGAUUACAACAAUGUAACUGAAAUUUUAAGCAUUGGUUUCAACGAGGAUUUGCCCAUUAAAUAUUAUAUUUUACGUCUAAAAUUUACUGGUGUACUAAAUGACAGGCCAUACGGAUUCUAUAGAAGUUCUUAUACCGAUAGCGCGGGAAAUAAAAUAUUGUUUGCUGGGACAAAUUUCAUGGCAACUUACGCGCGCGCAGCCUUUCCCUGCUGGGACGAGCCGGCGUUAAAGGCUACUUUUACGAUCGCUAUCAAACACCAUCCCAAUUACACAGUCGUUUCGAACAUGCCAAUUUUUGAAAAGUCGGAAAUUGACAAAAGUGAUGGAAAAAUAUGGACGCAAUUUGAAGAAUCGUUUAACAUGUCAACGUAUCUAGUUGGUUUCCUAGUAUCAGAUCUCCGUAACAUAAGCAAUUCCGAUGGAACUAUCAAUAUCUGGGGUAGAAGCAACGUAAUUUCCUCGGCAAGUUUCGCUCACGAAGCUGCCCAGAAAGCGGCGAUCGAAUUGGAACGAUACACCAACAGUUCCGUUCAGGUAUCCAAAAUCGAUCAUGUUGCGCUUCCUGGUCUUUCCAAUAAAGUCAUGGAAAGUUGGGGGCUUGUCACUUAUAGGGAAGCUACGAUAUUGUAUGAUGAAGUCAAUAAUCCAAUCGACGCAUUGUAUAGAAUUGCAACCACCAUGAUUUAUCAGUCGAGCCAUCAAUGGUUCGGUAAUAUUGUUAGUCCAUCCUGGUGGACUAAUAUAUGGAUAAACGGAGGACUUGCUGAAUAUUUUAAAUAUUACAUUGCUGACAAGAUAUAUAAAGAUUGGCGAAUUAUAGAAUUCUUAGCGACUAAAACGCUGAAUUUAAUGCUUAUCAUGGAUAGUUUUGAACAUGUGCGGCCUCUUAAUUUUAAACCUAAAACCCCUGGAGAAAUAUAUGCAAAAGCUUCUUCACAAGAUACAAUCACUGACAACCGCAAAGCUUCUCUACUUCUACGGAUGCUCUCACAUUGCCUUUCCGAUGACGUAUUUCAUACAGGACUUAUUGAAUAUCUUAACAAGUACAAAUAUAGCGUAGCCGAGCCUGAGGAUUUAUGGGCCGUUUUGCAAAAUGUUUUGGAGAAAUCCGCGGUGUCUGAGAAUAAAUUCAAAAUUCAAGAAGUAAUGGACACUUGGAUAAAACAGAAGGGAUAUCCACUUGUAACAAUAACUAAAGAUCUACAUACUGGAAAGAGAAUAGUUACACAAGAAUAUUUUCAACCAUUCGAAAAAAUGGGUAUACGUAAGAAUAGCAAUGACACAAGCACUGCAAAUAAGUGGUGGGUUCCAAUCAAUUUUGCAACUCAUACUAAUCCAAAUUUUUCAUCAACUUUAACCACACACUGGCUGUCACCGGAAGUUAAAGAGCUUGUAAUCGAUGAUGUCGAUCCAGAAGACUGGAUCAUCGUUAACAUUCAACAAACUGGUUUUUAUCGCGUGAAUUAUGACAUAAUAAACUGGUUAAAAAUUGCCGAUUAUCUGGAUUCCGAAAAUUAUACAAAAAUUCACGUAUUAAAUCGUGCACAAAUAGUUAAUGACGCAAUUUAUCUCAUGUUCUCGAAUAAAUUAGAUCCCAAAAUUUUCAUGGAAGUUACGAAAUAUUUGCGACGUGAAAAAGAUUACGUAGUGUGGUAUACAGUAUUUAGAAUUUUGGGUGACACAAUCAAAUUUUUUGCUUACAAUGAAGGCGGCGAUUUGCUUAAACCGCACAUCUGGGGCUUGAUGGACAAUAUUGUACAGACUGUAGGUAUGCAAGAUCGCCCAAAUGACGAUUAUUUUACAAAAAUGGCGAGGAAUGCAAUUCUUGAAGGAGCAUGUGCCUCUGAUCAUCCUAUAUGCUUACAUGCAGCCCAUGCUCAAUUAAUCGAGUAUUUGAAAAAUCCCUCGCUUGCAAAUAGAACUUCAUUUCACAAGAAAAAGUGGAUAUUCUAUAACGGAGUAAAACGUGCAAAUGAAAGUACUUGGAAUCAACUGCUUUCCCUGAAUACAAACCACUUUGAAUCAACGUUAUAUUGCCUAGGAUACUCCAAAAACCAAACUAUUAUUGAGAAAUAUUUAAAUAUGACCAUAACAGAAAACUCGCCAAUCGCAAAGAAAAAUAUAUAUCGGGUUUUCUAUUCCGUGCUGGAUGGAGAUUUUCCUAACGUCGAUGUGAUGAUAAACUUUACAAUAAAUCACUGGGAUAAACUCACUACUAUCCUUGAUGACCCUACAGAUACACUGCAUGAUAUUAGUUGGGCUGUGGUUUCUAGAAAACAGAUUCAGAAGAUGAAAGCAUUUCUAAGCAGCCUUGGAAUGGAAAUACCACACAUCAUAAAAUAUCGAGAGCGGAAUGUAGAUUUGACGGAAGCAAAAGUGAAUAAAAUUCGCUCAUGGUUAAGCAUAGGAUUAUUUCCAAAUGAAGUCAAAUAAACAUGUAUGGCUUUUGUAGAAAUAUGUUAGUGUUUUAUUUGUUUGAUUUUAGAAUAAACGUCAACAAUUAA